AUGGCAGUGCUGAAACGGAAACCAGAAACAAUAAUCUUCUCUACAGUAUUUGGAAGAGCCGUACACGCCAUAGCACGAAUCAGUGACGAAUUUUGGUUUGAUCCUAUUGAAAAAGGACUUUCCUUGAGGUCAGUGAAUUCUUCUAGGUCAGCCUAUGCCUGUGUCUUCUUUUCAUCUAUGUUCUUUCAACAUUAUUCUUGUAAAAACACGACUGAAUUGGAUCUGAACAAAAACCACAUACAACCUACAUGUAAAUUAGUAAUAAAGGCAGUCCUACCUCUAUUUCGGUCCUUAAACACACUGGAAAGGAAUGUAGAGAAAUGCAACAUUUAUACAAAUUUUAAAGAUUGCCAUAUUGUUUUUCAACUUUUCUGCAAACAUGGUGUUGUGAAAACUCAUAAUUUAGCUUUUCAAGAAUGUGAACCUUUGCAAGCUAUGUUUGCAAAGCAUCUCUGUCCCAAUGUACUGAAGCUCCAGUCAAGGCAGUUGUCUGAUAUAUUGAUUCAUUUCCCAACCUAUCAAGAUGAAAUAACUUUAGCUGUAACACCAGUGAAAGUUUGUUUCAAGACUUAUGUUGAGGAUGAAAAGGAUUUUGCAAAGGUAAUGCACACGGAAAUACAUCUCAGUCCAGAAGAAUUUGAAUACUAUCAAGUUGGAGUAGACUCUGAAGUAACAUUUUGCCUUAAGGAGUUGAGGGGACUCCUGGCUUUUGCAGAAGCUUUCAAUGCUCCUGUCUCUGUCCAUUUUGGUGUUUCUGGAAAGCCAAUUGCUUUCAGCACUGAAGACAUGGUGGUAGAAGCCAGUUUUAUUUUGGCUACCUUAGCAGAUUCUGAAAACAAGACAUCCUCUCAUGAAUCCCUGCACCUUUCACAAGGCCAGAAAAGGAGCCCUGCAUCAGAGAGGAGCAGUCAAGACAUCAUCAUGUCCAGCAGAAACAUUCAAAACACAGAAACAGACACGAGUCUAGCAGGCGGCUUUAACACUGUGGAGGAAUUGGUGUUACCUGAUCCUAGUUAUAAGUUUCACUCCAUGUUCUUCGGAGCCAUUUCAUCUAAGGAGCAAGAUAUCACCCAUGUAUUCCACAGUUUGGCAACAGCAAGCGACAGUGAAGAAGAUUUUGGUAAUAGACAAACCUCCCCAACAUUUUAGUGAUGCAAUAUAUCCAUCUGCUAAAAGUAAUUUACAUUGUCAUUAAACAGUAUAUUUAAACAGUAAACCUGAGCUUUUACUUGUUUCAGAAGUAUGUUUGUACUAUUGGAUUUAUAUAUGUUGA